UGUGGUGUACCCAGCCACGGUCCGAUAUAAGGAGGAUCGCCGCGCCCUGCAUCACACACCACAUUCUCCCUCCAUCACCAGCAUCAUCUUCCCCUCGUCCUCCUUCUGCUGCGUCAUGAAGUGUGCUGUGGCGGCGUUAGCGGUGGUGGUGGUGGCGGCGGCGGCGACGCUGGGGGAGGCGCGCCCCGACACUGUUUUCAAUUACGAGGGCGAGGACCACAAGCACUACCAGAAGGGCGACACCGGCAGGAAGGUGGAGGGCUACUACAGUUGGAUAUCCCCUGAGGGGCAAGAGUUCUACGUGAAGUAUGUGGCGGACGAGUUGGGCUACCGCGUGCUGGAAUCUAACGCCCUGCCAGUCAGCUCCUGGGGCGCCACGCCGGACGGACACCAGGGCAACCUUGAUCCCUACUACGGCGAAGCGCAAGUUGCCAGCCACUAACCACCAAGUCUCCCCUGCUGGCCCACACCUAUUGAUCGCCAGCCGUUCAGUCACACCGACCCACCCAAGCAAUCUGCCCGCAAAUCCUCCUACUGAUCUAUCCCUUCUGCCCACCCACUAACCUACUGGCGCUAUCUGCUCGCCCAUCAACCAGCCUGCUGCCAUACUGAUCCGCCCACACCGUCCGCCUGUCCAUUGCCACGCUCACGUCCCUACAACCACGCCCUUACUGCCCCGCCUGCGUCGCCUGCCCGCCUACAGACCAUCCAACGCUUCCCGCCCACACCAUUCAGCUGACCACUAGAGGUCUGGCAGACGGACUCACUCGCGCCCACAGUAACAACAGCGAAUGAAUAUAGAAGCACACUGUUUACGUAGUUCCAUUAAAUAUAGCUAAAUAACA